AUGGCGCAGGGGUUCUCGGCAUGGCAGAGCCCAGCGCCCAGCGGCGAGGGCACGCGGGAGGAGCGGGAGGAGGAGGAGGAGGAGGAGGAGCCCCGCGCGUGCCCACCUCCCAUCUUCAUGGCGGUCGUCACCCUCACCCAGCUCAGACCCAGGGUAGAGGGGACAGGUGACCCUGGUUGUGAUGUCCUGGUGGCCAUGGAGGGCUCAGACCAAGGGCAGAAGGGACAGGUGACCCUGAUCAGCAGCAAGCGCUCGAGCAGCUUCAAGCGCGCCAUCGCCAACGGGCAGCGAGCCCUGCCCCGCGACGUGCUGCUGGACGAGACCGGCCUGGGCUUCUACAAGCGCUUCGUCCGCUACGUGGCCUACGAGAUCCUGCCCUGCGAGAUGGACCGGCGCUGGUACUUCUACCAGCACCGCACGUGCCCACCUCCCAUCUUCAUGGCUGUCGUCACCCUCACCCAGAUCAUUGUGUUCCUCUGCUACGGGGCCCGGCUGAACAAGUGGGUGCUGCAGACCUACCACCCCGAGUACAUGAAGAGCCCCUUGGUCUACCACCCCGGGCACCGGGCACGCGCCUGGCGCUUCCUCACCUACAUGUUCAUGCACGUGGGGCUGGAGCAGCUGGGGUUCAACGCCCUCCUGCAGCUGAUGAUCGGGGUGCCCCUGGAGAUGGUGCACGGCAUCCUGCGCAUCAGCUUCCUCUACCUGGCCGGUGUCCUG